AUGGCCGGUCGUGGAAAGGGCAUAAAGGGACUUGGAAAGGGAGGAGCAUUCAGACAUAGACAUGUUCUCCGCGACAACAUUCGCGGAAUUACAAAGCCAGCUAUUCGUAGAUUGGCAAGAAGAGGAGGUGUCAAGAGGAUAAGCGGUUUGAUCUAUGAAGAAAGUAGAGGAGUUCUGAGAUUGUUCUUAGAAAAAAUCAUUCAGGAUGCUGUUGCAUAUACCGAACACGCAAGGAGAAAGACUGUCACAGCAAUGGAUGUUGUGUAUGCUCUUAAAAGACAAGGAAAAACUCUAUACGGUUUCGGAGUUUGA